AUAUAUAUGUAUAUGUGUAUAAACGUGUAUACAAACACACGUACGGAUAUAGAUUGUUUAAUUUCUAAAAGCAAAACGUGGUAUUAAGAUAGUGCAAUGUUUUGGGCAAAAGUGUGUUUUUUUAUUUCUCACGACAAAUAUCUUCGUCGGCAUGAUUGCUUUUCAUUAACUCACAACAAUAUUACGGCCAUUUCACCAUCUCUGACUAACUUAAAGGUUCGCUGGAGCGACGAGUUGGUUGUUACAAGAGAGAAGGAUCGCACAAUUUAUCCUUUUUACUCUUUCUGCGGUUAGCUGCACUUUAGGUACAUCUGCACUAUUUGAUUUUGCGAUGUUAUCAAAGAAUUAAUUAUUUUCGUGUACUUUUUUAAAUUUAGUCUAUACAACAUUAUAUCUACGUACAGAGAGAGCUGGAUUUUUCAAUUUAGUUCUUAAAAAUGUUUGAUUGAUGAAAAUAAAUUUUCUUAAUGUAACACACUCGACUCGCAGUGUCUCGCAAAUAUUUUAUUUUGAUCAUUUAUCAAAGAAAACAUUCUGUACAUAUGAAAAUGAACUUGAUUAUAAAUAUUAUCUUGUGAUCUUCAAAUUUUUCAUAAAUUUGGCCAAAGAACGUCGUUUUCUGCGAAGUUCCGUUUCAGCCAGAUAGAAUUAUAAACGUAAGAUCUUUUACCGCCACAGGUAAACGUCAUAUGAACAUUUAAAUGGCAAUGAAAAUAGUUUAGAGAAAAUGAAACAGAAAAUGUCCAUUGGUCAGGAUAUCCAUGGACGCGCAUGCGUAUAUUUGCGGCACGUAAAAAUUGGGAGUUACUACCACUGUGGUCACACUGUGUCAUUUGUGUACGUUGCUGAAAAACAGUUCGUGCGUUAACGCGAACUGAAUAUAAAAAGAAAUCCCCUCGCUUAGAUCAGACCUUGACAGUCCUCUCUCUCGCGUGCCAAUCCGUGGAGUUCCAUUCGUGGAGUGUCUCUUGUAUGCUUUUAAAUACAAUACACGCUAUGACUUCUCCUAUCAAAUUAGUCCAGCUUUGUCGUUAUGCUCAGCUGGACGGCCAAUUGUCGAUCCACAGUCGUACGUUCGCAAAGUGAAGUUAUAAGUGCAAACGCGAUCGCGUGUCAUAUCGUCGUCAUUAUUGUAAUGUCGAUUCUCUUUAUCUGAUAUAUAUAUAUAUAUACACAUAUGUAUACAUAUAUAUAGAGAGAGAAAAAGAGAGAGACUUGUGCUUGUAAGACUGCGCGACCUUUAAAGGUAUAUAUCCACUCUUAUGUCUCGAUUACUCACAAAUGUGUAUUUGUACUCACAUUGAGUGAGUCUAACGAUUGACAAUUUUACAAAUCGCUCUUCGCGACGCGUGCUGUUCAUCAAUCCGUUGUUAUUGAUAUCACCACUGAUCAAAGUGGGUGACUAGAGUAACUACUCGACUUCAAAUAUCGAUAAACUUAUGCUCAUUUGACGCGAUUGCGCAUAAAACGAAGUAAUUUGACAAGAAAAAGUGUCGGUUUGUGUCGCAAAUCGAGUUAUUAAGCGUUAAAGUUGCCGACCAUUCAGGUUAGGAAAUCUGUCAUCCCGACAGAUUGUGUGGCGACGUGAGCAUGCGCUGUGAUCGCAUGCGCAUGCGUUGAAAUACAUAUAAUUUGCACUCCACAUUUAAAAUGUACGUACCUAAGAUCAUAAACUUGCAUCUUAACAAACGAACGUUUAACGUAUCUUAUAAAUAUAGUUUUACAUAGGUUUUCAAGAUUCCACAAAGAGCAAAAUUCUACAUUGGAAGUGAAUAUUUUCACGCAGCAUUUUCCGACCUCUCGAAAGAGUAAAAUGUAUAAAAUUUUUUGUUCUCUUGAGAUAUGAAUUAGCAAACCACCUACCCACCCACCUACUCACACGCGUACAUACAUAAGCACAAAUGGUAAUAUUUUUAUUAUACAUUUCUCAGUGAUGAAAGGAUUAAUCUUCACACAACUCGGCUUUUUGCGUCAAAAAAACAGCUCGCAAAUUUCCAUUCGUCGCGACGGUAAGAUACGACUUAAACAAAAAGAAGUCAGUUACAUUUAUGAAGAUAUGUACAUUCGUACGAAUAUUUACAGCAACAUUUUCCAUAUAUAUUUGCAUAUAUAUAUUAUAUUCAAAAUAAGAUUAUUACUAUUCCAUAGGACGAAUCUAGUUAGAUGGUCGUGGUGUGUGCAGGACGCUCUAGAGAACAUUGCUCGGACUGCAUAAAUUACUUUAUGCAUGCGACGUAACGCAGAAAAGUUUUUGUUUAUCCUUUCUAUUUUGUUAUUUGAUACACAUGUUGCAUCCUCCAGCUUGAUGCUUAACGACUAUUUUUAUUUUACGUGAACUUCAGCGAGACGGAAUGAAAUAAAAAAUGUCUAACGAAAACGAAAAGAAUACUGAUCUUCAACGAAUAAAAGAGAAUAAUUUCAAAGGACGAUAUGCUGUGAGAGCAGACGCGACAGGUGGAUAUGUGGUUCGUGGUGACACGAGAUACGGCCUAAGGACCUCACAGAAACCAGGAGCGAUGCAGGACCAAUUUCACACGCCGCGCAAGAACGGAGAUAAAGACGGAAGUAGCAAGAAGUCCUAUUCCGGUUCUCGUAGCGAAAAGACGGAACGACUUCGUGAGCUUACUGAAAGACUCAAAGGAUCAGUACGUGCUCCACUAUCCAAAGAAUCGUCACAAAAACAAACUUUCUCUUUUUCACUGAACAGACACUUGCCAUUGUAUCAAAAUAACCCGCAGAUGAAAGAUAUGUCGGGAUGUUAUAACGUCGACGAACUAAAGCAUGAGUCGAACGCUAGUAUGACAAAAACGAAAUGUUCGAGACAACAAAGCGAUUACGGGAUUAGUUCUACUACUACGUGUAAUACCAAAAUGUGUUCAAAUCAAUCGGCUGCCGUCGAUAACGUUGAUACUAGUGGCGACAGAGAAAUUCGAGAAUCCUGCAUGUCGGAGUUGCGCGAGCUGCCUACCCUUCGCAGAACUAGUACGCGAUAUAGGAGUACGUCCUUCUGUCAGGUGGACUUGCAUCAAGCGUACCGACACAAAACUCAACCAGUUGCGCACACAUCCAAUUGUUCUGAGAUUAAACAUAUUCGAGCAAACACCUUGCCGCGUCGUCGCGCUCCAAGCGGGUUGAUGUUUGAUAGUCUUAAUUGUCAAAAUCCAAGAAUGUUGAAAAUGAGCGUCAACAAACCUCCCGUCGGCUCCGUCGAAGAGAUGAACGAGUUUGCAGUUGAUAAUAUUGAAACGGUCGUUCUACCCGUCGACUCUCAAAAAGAAGAUUCACAUACAUCGAGCGACUUUUCUGACUGCGAAGCUCACGUUUCGCAAAAGUACAAGAAAAAGAUCUCCCGCGGAUCUUCUAAACAGACAUCAAAGACCAAAAUAUCACAAUCGCAUACUGCUACUCUCACACUCGACAUGGAACGUCCUUCAGUUCUUCAGAAUAUUAAAUUUGAAGAGUCUACACCCAAUCAAGACCAGACCAUUCCCGACGCAAGGAAGUCUAAAGAAGUUUUAACACGAUCUACAAAUGCAGCAGAAGAAAGUGAUCAACGCAUAUUAGUUAUUCUGGAACUCUAUCACACUGAAACAUCUUAUGUAAAUACUCUACAGAUUUUACAAAAAUAUAUAAAACGAUUGAAAGAAGAAGACGAACAUGUAAUAGAUAAUCAAAUUGUCGACAUAAUUUUUUUUCAAAUUCCACAACUUUUAGAAUUACACGAAGAAUUUCUGGAGAAAGUACAAAACCGUUUUACUAACGGAUUAAGACACACGCAAACUGUUGGUGACAUUUUUCUUGAAGUGUUUACUAAUUUGAAAGUUUCGGAAAUAUAUUGUCAAUUCUUGGAUAAUUGGAAUACUGCAAAAGAAACAAUCCGAAAAUAUCAAGCAGAGCCACAUUUCACUCGUUUUUUAGAGAAAAUGAGAAAGGAACACAGUGGAAAAUUGGGACUAGAUAAUUUACUCAUUGCACCCAUCCAGCGACUUCCACGAUACGAAAUGCUAAUUCAAAGAUUGCUUAAACAUACGGAGGAAAAUCAUCCGGAUUUCCAGUUGCUCCAAACAGCUCAGAAAGAAAUCCACAAGUUGGUUGUGAAAGUAGAUUGUAGAGAGAGAAAAUCAUUUGAAUGGGAACAACAACAAAAUCUAUUAAAAGAGAUACAAACCCUUGUCCAAGGACUUACCAACAUAAUAACGACUGACAGAGUGUUUCUACGUCAAGAUCUGGUAACUAUAGCGUCACACCCGAGUACGCGAAAAGAACGGGCAUUAUUUUUAUUUUCGGAUCUUCUUGUAAUUGCAAGUAUCAAACGUAGUAGCGGCCCAAUAAGAAGAACAUCUCCAACUUGUCUGCAGAACAGUCAAUAUCGUACAGAUAUAAAAUAUAAAAUGAUUAUGCAGAUUUUGCUAAACGAUCUCGAAGUAAAAAAAGUAAGUGAUGAAAAUUUGAAACAAGAAGUGGAACAAUUACGAGAAGAUUGUCAAAAACUAAAUCAACUACAAGAAAUAACCACUACCAUACAUUCUCCUAAACAACAAUUAGAAGAAGUCAUAAAAAAUACAUUAAAUCAAAUUCAGCAACUACUGGCUGAGAAAACUGCACAGGCACAGUUACCAUCGCUAGAACUAGUACUCUGCACCGAAGAAGGGUUUAAAACUUUGACCGUCAUGUUUGAUGCACCUUCGAAAUGUAUGAAUUGGGAAAAAAGCUUUAACGAAGCCAAAGACAAGCUAGCCCUAUUGACUGACAAAAGACCACGCCCUGAAUUCAUGGAACCGCUACACAUUAAAAUGCGAGCGGGUCUUGAAUUCACUUGCGCGGCAUCCACACUAACAAAUUGGCAAGGUACAGGCAAUGUAUGGGUAUGUAACAGCGAUAAUAAGGACGGUUAUGUAUGUGUGUUGGGUCUAAAUCCAGCAUAUUAUGUGAGUCCGGAGGUAAUCUCAUCCAAUGGAAUCAGCAAUUCUAGAAUACUUUGUAUCGCUGGAAUACCUGCAUAUACACCUAGUUCAAACUUGUGCUUCAGAAAGAAGAAUGACGUGAUGCAGGACACAAGUGCGAAUAGCAAUGAAAUAUUAUUAGACAGUUCGAGCUCCGACAAUUCAGACUCGGACGAAUCAAUUCCACGCUCACAUUAUUCAAAAUUAGACAGUACAAAUAUUGAAGCUGACGAAGAUGCAAAUCAACCUAUGGUGUGGUUAGGAACUGAAGACGGUUGUAUCUAUAUGUGCAACAGUAAUGUAAUUCGAAUACAGGCUCGAGUAAAAUUAAAAUAUGAUACUAGUGUUUUGUGUAUUGUAUAUGCAGAUAACAAGGUUUUUGUUUCUUUAUUAAAUGGAAAUAUUUACGUAUUUAUACGUGACCAAACUGGAUGGAACACAGAACCGACGACGGUGUCCAUUGGCGCACCAGUAAUGAAAAUGGUAGCUGUGAAAGACAAGAUUUGGUGCGGCUGCAAUAACACUGUGAAAAUUUUAAAUAUUUACACAUUAGUUAUUCAAUAUACAUUUACGGCAAGUAAUGAACCUGAUCGAGCAGUUUUAUAUAUGGCAUCGUCAGGAAACUUCGAUGUCUGGUUGUCUUUACACAACAGUGGGACGAUAAAACUGUAUCACGCUAUGUCGUAUGAAUGUUUGUUAGAUAUUAAUAUUGUACCAGCAGCAAAUAAGAUGCUUAUUAACUGUGAUGAGAUAAUUCGACAGCACAAGGCCGCUUGUCUCAAAGUCACUGCAUUGAUUGUUUGUGGCGAGUUACUUUGGAUCGGCACCAGCGCCGGUGUGCUGCUCACCUUGCCAAUUCCUCACAUAAAGUCGUCAACUCAGAAAUUAUCGCAACCAGUAGUAAUAACUGGUAUGCAUCAUGGACAUACAGGACACGUACGGUUUAUUAUGUGUUACGAAAUACCAAAUUCCUCAAUAGGACGAUCGAAAGUGAAUCGUUACUCGGCAAAGUCUAAUAAAAUAAGAUCGACAGAUGUCAAUCAUAAGAAGGUUGUAGUAAUAUCUGGCGGCGCUGGUUUCGAGGAUUUUCGUGUUCCUCAAACAAUUACCGAUCAACAAGCUGGUUCGUGUAAAGAUUCUAAGAACUAUUUGUUGUUAUGGAAAGAUUGACACAAGCUUCAAUCUGACUAUUUUCUUUGGUAAACACGAAAAAAAACAUUUCUGUAAUAAUAUUCAAUUGGAAAAAAUUAAUGUUUAGGUCAAUCGAA